AUGGCAGCACACUUAGUUUUCGGACUACUCUGGUCGGUCAAUCUGGCAUGGGCAGCGACUCCAGGAGAAAUCCAAAAUUACCUCAAAACUCAACUAUCCUCUAGCUCGGAAGUUGUACUUUCUAGUUCUCAGGCCUACACAACCGAGAUCAAGCAAAGGUGGGACGCCUAUGAUCCGCCAUCCUUUGUUGUGGUUGUAAAGCCUGCUACUGCCAAUGAUGUCGCGACAAUCGUCCGUUACACUUCAAGCAACAGCAUCCCAUUCAUGGGAACAGGUGGCGGCCAUGGUUAUACCACGACUACUAGCGCCCUGAAGAACGGAAUCAACAUAGAUCUCAGUGGCUUCAAGGAGGUAUCAAUUGAUUUUGCAGCAAGCACAAUGACCAUUGGCGGCGCUGUCACCUUUGUAGAGGUUCUGAAUCCCACUGGAUCCUGCUCAUGCGUUGGAAUGGUUGGCGCUACCAUAGGUGGCGGUAUCGGCGUCCACCAAGGUCUUCAUGGUUUGAUCAUAGACGCACUCCAGUCGGUGACUGUUGUGACCGGAAAUGGGGAUGUUAACUUCGGUCUCAUAACCUCCGCUACUUACAAACUACAUGACCAGACCAACCGCGGCCAGGCUUUGAACGGCGAUUUCCUUUCCCAAGUCAGCGCGAAUGCUACUAUUUUCAACGCCCUGAAGUCUUUCACUCGGAACCAGCCUGAUGCUUUUGCCGUUACGAGCGCCAUACAAUACUCGCACACUUUGAACACGGUCGUAACAAUGGUUAGUGCUGUAUAUGUAGGCCCAGAAAAGGAUGGGAGAAAGAUCCUUCAGCCACUACUCUCGGUCAAAGCUUUCAAGUCCAAUGUGACCAUGAUUCCAUACAACCGUCUUCCUCAACCAGCAUAUGACAUGAAUUUGUAUCCGUAUGAUGUUGCAACUUAUCAGAAGACGCUUGCUGCGUAUAUUGAUUUCUAUGCCACAACUCACCUGGCGACAUCAUACAUGGUCACGGAGAUUUUCCCUACUAGAGUCUCACUCAGUAUACCAGACGAAGCGACAACGUAUCCGUAUCGAGCCGCAAUGGCGUAUCUCUUCAGCGGCUUCACAACGGAUGCACAAACAUCCGCUAUCACGAAGUUCGCGAAAGAGAUACGUGGAGAUUUUGCAAAGCUCAACGGCGCAAAGGGGCUCGAGGUCUACGUUAACUACACACAUGGCGAUGAAGGUCGUAAUGCUUAG